CACAAAGGGAAGCUGGCCUUUGGGCUGCAGAGGCUGUCAUGGCGGGCAUAGUGGAUUUCGAAGAGGGAUGGCGCCUCCUGGCAACCAGCCUCGCCAAGCAAAGGAGCAUCAUCGAUGGUAGCAUGAGCAAGAGCUCUUCAGAGGAUGACAACAUGCAGCUCUACAUGAUGGUGUACAACAUGUGCACGCAGAAGCCACCUCAUAACUAAGCACAACAGCUCUAUGAACGCUACAAGACGGAUAUUGAUGGCUACAACAGCUCUAUGGUGUUGCCGUCAAUGAGACAGAUAAAUGGCGAGACUCUAUUGAAAGGGUUGGUUGACAGGUGGCGGAACCACAAGAAAAUUGUCAUAAGUGAGACGAGGUUCUUCUUCUACCUCGACCGUUACUACAUCUUACGGAAGUCACUUGUCCCACUUGAACAACUGAACUUAUGUUCUUUUCGUGAUCAGGUAUACAGUGAGCUCAAAGAUAAAAUAACAAGGACUGUGGUUGACAUGAUUAAUGAUGAGAGGGAUGGCAAGGUUAUAGACCGUGAUCUUUUGAAGGAUGUCCUUGAUGUGUAUGUCCAGAUUGGGCUUGGCAUGGAGUGUUACGAAGUUGAUUUUGAAAAUGCGUUUCGCGAGAGCACAAGAAAUUACUACUCAAACAAAGCCCAAACUUCGAUUUUGGAGUGCAAUGGCGCUGAUUCUCCUGAAUACAUGCUUAAGGCUGUGGAAUGCUUGCAAGCCGAGCUGGAACGAGUGUCACAUUACUUGCAUUCUUCAACUGAACCAAAGUUGAUGCAGGAUUUGCAAUCAGAGUUGAUGAUUACGCCCGUGGAGACGCACACUGAAGAAGCUGAUUAAGUUAUUUUCUUGCUUCAAAGGAAUUGUACUGUUGCUUUUCCAAUUUGGUUCAUCGUAGUAAACUCUGAUGCAAGUCCGUUUAACUAAUUUGGAUUUUAUUAUGGGAGUUGCAGAUUCCCACUAAGUAUGGAUGCUUUGUGUAAUUGUUAGACUUCUACAGUAAUUGUUAUGAUGACGGCCGAGAAGAACUGAGGAGAAAAUUAAAUAGGGGAAUCGGGGAGAAGCAAAAGCAUUUCAGUAUUUUCUCCACCGUUAA